AUGUGUGGCCGUUACUAUGGCAACUCCUGUGGCUACGGCUGUGGCUAUGGAUCUGGCUAUGGCUGUGGCUAUGGAUCUGGCUACGGCUGUGGCUAUGGAUCUGGCUACGGCUGUGGCUAUGGAUCUGGCUACGGCUGUGGCUAUGGAUCUGGCUACGGCUCUGGCUACGGCUGUGGCUAUGGAUCUGGCUAUGGCUAUGGCUGUGGAAGCGGCUCUGGCUGCUGUGGGUACCACCCGUUUGUCUACAGAAGAUGCUAUUCUUGCUGCUAG